AAGGUCGGGCCAGCGGCUGGGGGUCGCCUGACGCCCGGGCCGUGGGGGCGGCCUGGCGGCACCCGCGGCGAUAACCCAGGCUGUGCUUUGGGACGGACUGGGCCGCUGGGGGCCCGAGGGAGGCGUAACUGGGCGCGGACCGGCGCGCGGGCAGCGUACUCAAGUGUGCGUCUUAAUGGGCCGUAUGAGUUAAUGUUUUAUUAAAGUCAUACAUAAAAGUAUUCGGGAGUGUUUUGGCAUGCAAGAAAAUUUUUAAGUGAAAAGUUCUUGAAAUCAUGAAUCCUGUUUAUAGCCCUGGUUCUUCUGGGGUUCCCUAUGCAAAUGCCAAAGGAAUUGGCUAUCCAGCUGGCUUCCCCAUGAGCUAUGCAGCCGCAGCUCCUGCCUAUUCUCCCAACAUGUACCCUGGAGCAAAUCCUACCUUCCAAACAGGUUACACUCCUGGAACACCUUACAAAGUGUCCUGUUCCCCCACCAGUGGGGCAGUGCCGCCAUACUCCUCCUCUCCCAACCCCUACCAGACUGCUGUGUACCCUGUGCGAAGUGCCUACCCCCAGCAGAGCCCCUAUGCACAGGGCACGUACUACACACAGCCCUUGUAUGCAGCGCCCCCUCACGUCAUCCACCACACCACGGUGGUGCAGCCCAAUGGCAUGCCGGCGACAGUGUACCCUGCUCCCAUCCCUCCACCUAGAGGCAACGGCGUCACCAUGGGCAUGGUGGCUGGGACCACUAUGGCCAUGUCAGCAGGCACCCUGCUGACUGCCCACUCCCCAACUCCUGUUGCCCCCCACCCAGUCACUGUGCCCACGUACCGGGCCCCGGGAACACCCACCUACAGCUACGUGCCCCCUCAAUGGUGAUCACUCUGCAAAUGUUUGAGGAUGGAGCUGUGCAGUCACAUCAUGGAGGUUCCACAGCUGGUGCUGCAGGCCUCGCGCCUCCAACCUGGACUUUCUUCCUAAUGCUCUCGACACUUAGCUAAACACUACUAUGGCCCAGCCCAGCAGGUUCCAGCGCCAUUAGUUUCCAACUAACUCUGUGGGUUGGUCUUAAAGCAAUUCCUGUUUUGUGGGCUGCCUGGCAAAUUUUUUAGCUAACUGUAAUGAUAAAAAGGGAGUAUUAAUCUAUUCUGAAUCAUAUCUAGUUGAAUGCAUGUUUAAAAAAACAAACAAAAAACAAAGCUUGCUCAAUCUACCUGCAGUGACUGAUGCAAAACCAUCAUAUGCAAAACCCAAAGGAAUGGAAAAGCAUUUUACAACUUGUAUCACUAAUGCACUGUUGUAAUGUAUGCAGAGUCUUAAAGUUAUAGGUGUUAAAAUGAAUUUCUUCAUAGAGUAUCUGAAAUCCCACAGACAAUUCUUCAGCCUUUGGGGUUGAUAUGGGUUGUGAGUUGGUAACGUGGACUUUGAGUUUUCAGCCAUCUGUUUCUUUCACACUGACUGCACGGGAAGAGGGUUGCAGGGACAGGGAACCUGCAGGGUUGGCCACCACUGUCUGGGGCGCAGCCAGCUUACUGGAUAUCCUUUUCUUGCCGUUCAGGCUUGCCGGACAUUGUGGUGUGGACAUUCUUAGAGAUGCUCAUGAAAGUGUAGAGUUGUAUGGCCAGUACAGUUAAGAGGUCAUCUGUGUAUCAGCAAAGCAAUUUUCUCUGCCAUCUAAAUUUUCAUUAUAAGUCUCCUACACAUAGAGAUGAGAUUUUCUGUAUCUGUAUUGGAAAAGUCCUAUGUAGAACUAAAUUAUUUUCCUGGGAUGGAAGAUAUGUGAAGGAGAAACAGCCACACUUUGAUGAGUUAUUGGUUUCUCUUUUGUUUAGCUUAGAAACCCAUUCCUUCUCCUCCCUCCCACCCCCCUGAGAAGUUUCAGUUCAUGGAAAACCUAUGUAGGCAUUGUUGUUCUCCACCCCACCCACCCCAAGAAGGACAAAGAUUUCAGCUGUCUGUUAUGAAGAAAGUUGAACAUUUAAAAGAACUAUUAAAAGGGAACAAAUCUUGAUUUGAAAUUGUUUCUUGUAGAGAAGCAGGGCUGUGGCUGUGUUUGGGCCCAUCUACCUGAUGGGGACUUGUCAUCUGAGACCAUCUGGAAAGGACUUCUGGACAUGGGCCUGGGGAGGAAAGAGCUGGUGCCUCUGGUCUGUGAGCCUUGUCUGCCCUGUGUAGCUGAGGGUUCUCAGCACAAAGCAGGUAGGGACAGCAAUGGCUCAGGCAGCAUCAGAAUGCAUUUGCCUGCCAGGAUUUAUUCGGGAAGGAUUUUGUGUUUAAAGUCAGAAUAUUGUACAUAAGAAAUGAAGAGGAUUUUUUUUUUCUUAAAUAUGCCCAGCUUGUAUCAGUGGCAGUUUGUCUGUUCACAGAGGGGGUGGGAGGGUGAGGGUUUUGUUCCCUUCCAACAGUCUGUCAGGUGGGGUGGGGUAUACUCCUGUUCACCCCAUCAUUUCAAGUGUAUAGUCUUUGGUUGGGAGGGGAUGCUGCUGUUCCGUCUCUGGCAGCUAGGUCAGGGCUCUGGCACUGGUUUGGCAUUUGCCCCAUUUUGUGAGUGGGACACCUGACCCCUGAGCCUUUGGUAACCUAAUUUUUUAUAGUAAGUACCCCAUAAUUUUCUUUUUCACAUUUUAUUUUAUAAGAAGUUUAGGAUAUUUUUGCAUGGAUCAUUGUAAACAGAAAGUUCCUUAUUUCUAAUGUCUAUUAACAUAGUGUGCUUACUGAUAAGUACUUUAAAUUGCUUCAUUAGCACUUAAUCCGUGUGUGUGUGUGUGUGUGUGUGUGUGUGUGUGUGUGUGUGAGAGAGAGAGAGAGAGAGAGAGAGAGAGAACCAUUUACCCCAGGCACACAGUUUGUGUCCCCUUUAACUCUGUAUUGGUUAUUCCUUCUGUACUGUGGAUGGUUUAUAAUACCCCUGAGGUUCUAAGGGUUCCAGCCCUAAAUAUCAAAAAUGGAAACCCGAAUACACACACACACACACACACACACACACACACACACACACCCACACACACACACACCCACACCCCCCCCCCCCCCCCCCCCCCCCCCCCCCCCCCCCCCCCCCCCCCCCCCCCGUGAGGGUGGAGUCACUGGAAUAAGCAGAGUUGUAUAGGAUGCUUCAUUGAGCUUGCUUGAGACACGGUGCACACGGGGUGAGCGUUCUCACGAGCACGGAAUUAAAUGGUGUUUUCAAGACCAAGAAGGUUGGGUUGCCUUUUGCCCCCAUUUACACCAGCUUCAUAAAUACUUUCCCUUCUAUAAAUUUUUAAAAUCCUUUUUCCCUUUUGUGAAGGUGAGUUGGGAGACUUUAUCACAUACUUUUGCAUAAUGGAAUACAUCUGUGUGGAAAUCUUUUCAUAUCAGGGCAUCAGCUAUCAAAUGUGAUAAUGAAAGGUAGAUCUUGUCUAGUAGGUAAGAUUCUGGACAUAUGAAUAGUAGCAAAACUAUCAUAGAUUGUAAUUUUAACAGCAGUUCCAGUAAAAUUAAGGAAUAGAACUUCUGUUGUAAAUUGCAUAAUUUGACACUCCAAUUGUAAUUGUGGAGCAUUCAGAGAAACUGCCUUUUUUUUUGUAUGUGACAUUCUUAAUUUGAUACUAUUUCUGCUGAAUUAUGGUUCUUUUGGAAGUGGAGACAGGCCAGCAAAGGACCUAAUUCUCCUAAACAUGAACGUCAUCAUGGAUGAUACAAAAAAAUUGUUCUAUAGCCUCUCUGCCAAGGUUCAGGAGGUCUGUUUCUCUGCUGUUGGAAAUUUUGUUUGGAUCUGGGUCAGGUGCCUUCAGUCUGCUGCCUCUCAGGAGUGAGGCCAACUUCAGGACCAGGGCCAUUCGUGGGAGGCAUGAAGGCAAGGCGCUUCCAGAACCUUUUAUGUCUUCUGUGUUAAGUGUAGUCAGAACAUUCUUGGUAUGGUUAUGAGGCCUACCAGUUGCUAUUCUGUGAAUCUGUUUCUUGAGUGCUAUGCAAGUGUAGUAUUUACAGGAGGUGAGACACGUCUUGAGACUUGGGCAGUGCCUCGCUCCAUCUGGUGACACCAUCGCUUCUAUACUAAGAGGAAAUAUGUUCUUACAUAUUUUGCAUAUGCUGAUAUGUGGUGUGGUGCCUGCCAUCGGCGGUGAAAGGGUGGCACACACCAGCCACAUCAAUAUUGGGGCCUACUGCAGAAAGGAAAUCCACACUUCUUCACCUAUUCUUGGAAACAGUAUUACUCUGACUGGUUGGGACACCUUCUCCCCAUCUGGCAGCUAAUGGCUGGAUGCCCCAGUCAUUGCCAGCCUGGGUGUUGCCCAGUCAGGACAGGAUUCCUGUCUGACCCCUCAGCAGGUUAAUGGAUGGUUUUAAGGUUGAGUGCUUUGAGGGCAAGGGGCAGCUUCUGGUUCUUUCUGGUGCUUUCUAAGUAAGGGUGGGUGGAGUUUUCUCUAGAGACGAGUGUGGUUGGCUCAGGGGAAGGGCAGACUGCUUAGCUUUCUCUAGCGUAUCUCAGAUGUUUUGUUUUUUCCCUGAGCUGUUGAAUUUUCAGCCUGAGCUUUCUGAAGGUGCAUCAGACUUUAUUGAACAGACUUGCAGAUGACCUGCUGCAGAAGAGGGUCUAGUCUUUUUGGGUAGAAAGUUGCAAAGCUGUUCUUACAUGUUUCAGAGGAUUUGUCUCCCCCACCCCCACCCAUUUGAAGAACAGAAGACUCUAGGGGUAACCUUAAAGUUUACUCACUUGGGACAGAGAGACAGAGGAGAGGCGGGCAUCUGUUCAGGGGACCUGCAGUGGCUUCAGGGCUGUUGGGGUGGCGAUGACAGGUGUCUCGUUUGGGCCUUCUGAGCCCCGUCAGUCUCCUGUGGGUCCUUGUGUAGACUAGUGGUCAGUAAAACAGAUGGGCCCUGCUGUGCCCCGGCAGGGCCACUGUGAUGGCUGCUCAGAGGAGAGGCCUCAAGGAGCCACGUGGGUUGUGACUGACUAGGAAAUGGUUACCCCCCUUUUUUCUUUAAUGAUUUUUAAAUACUGUGUUUUUAGACCGUUCUCUUGGUACUUUUUUUAAGCUUUCAUCAGCAUUGUCUUCCAGUGUUAAAGGCCUCCCUCACCUGCAUUGAACUUACGGUGUCAAUCAGUACAAAGGAAUUGGACACCAAUCCUGAGCCAGUUCCAUUAUGUGUAAAUUCAUACUAUUUUAAUUUUUUAUGCAAUCUGAUGAGUAGAUGAGCUCAGAUUUAAAAUUCUUAAAAGCACGUUUAUUGUAACAAGAAUUGUUAUGUAUUAAUACUGCAGUUUUCAAUAAAGAUUGACUUGUGUUGCA